GGAACAUAUGCAGUACAUUCAUCCCCAUGUUUACAUCAGAUGUAACAACCGCUUAAAGGCUCAAGCGCCCCAGAAACUUUGUAGCUUUUCAUCCCCAAAGCGAACACGGAGCCUAUUCCACUAAUCUCGUACUUGAAACGUGUACCAAAAGAUGGCUUUCAUCUCGGUAGCCCAAAUUCAUGCCAUGCUAUAUAGCACACAGGGGGAGACGAUCCACUUCUGCCCCCGCUUUUCAUCCACCUUGCUUUAAAGUUUUCCACAAGCAAAAUGUUAGCCUAGGUGUUUCUUUUUCGUCUGCACUACGUACGUACAGCUCCACUAAAGCUGCGGUCGAGUCGUGUGUAUUCUGCUCUGGCAUUCGGAAAAACCUCUUUAAUUAUUAAUUUAGAAAGAAAAAUAAAAAGUAUUUUCCUAUUUUCAAACCUCAUUUAAUCUGAGAAUUUUGAUGUGAAAAGCAGGUCUAGGCGAAGUUAGUAUUCGAUUAGCUGUGAAAGUGUUUCAAGUUUUCCGGAGGAACGUGUGAAAACUUCGCAGUGAAAAAUGCUAUUGCCACGGGAUCUGUGCUGAUGGAAAGUGAAAAAUCGAAGGAAAAGUCUCAUUUCUUAUCAGUGACGACGAAACAAAUGUUUGGAAGUUUGAGUUAGAUUAGGUUUAGGAAAAUCCGUGAGAUAGUCAAGAAGUGGUGAAAAUUGUGUGAAGUUUCAUAUUUUUUUUUUUUAAGUAGAAAAGUCUGAAAUUUAGGAUGAAUCGAAUAUUCCUUUGGUGGAUACUGUUCGCAGCCAUUUUGAUACAGAGGGGUUUGGCAGUCCCAACAAUAACAGAAAGUCCAGAAGAUGAUGACGAAGACUUUGACGAUGAAGAUGAAGAUUCCUCUGAAGCUGAUGAUGAUGGACGUAUUUACAAAAAUCCCCGGAACUCCCCAUCUACAGAAUGUCCUAGAGAUGAGGAACAAGCUACCCUACUUGGACAAAAAUGCUUAAGGAAGUGUUCAUCUGAUGAAGAUUGCAAAAGUAAAAAGAAGAAGUGCUUAUGUGAUGGAGCAUGUGGAAUGUCAUGCAUAAAGCCAGAUCGUGAAUGUCCUGAACUCCCUAAACCUCCACUCGGUGAAGUCGUAGUAUCGGAUCGACAUUUUGGAAGUCGUGCUACCUAUCAUUGCCCCCAUGGCUACCAUGUUGUUGGUUUACAAAGUCGACUAUGCCAGGCCGAUGGACAGUGGGCAGGUCAGGAGCCAACAUGCAAGGAAAAUAUAUACAACAAUUUCCUUUCAGUAUAUUGUCUAACUCCUCCCGUGGUUGAGCACGCGCGUCACUCAGCUUUGCCCGAACAAGCAACGUUUGAUCUCGACUCCACUGUCCAGUACCAUUGUCAUACCGGUUACGUAACGAAUGGAUUCCCCAGAGCCAAGUGUUUGGCUAUAGACGGUCAAGCUAGUUGGUAUGGACCAGAUAUUCAAUGUGAACCUCGCUCCUGUGGACAGCCUCCUGAUCCUGCCAAUGGCUGGCACGCGGGUGAAUGUUACAACUUCGGCUGUCGAGUCAUCUAUCACUGUGGCGAAGGAUAUGAAUUGGUCGGAAAAGCCGAGCGAUACUGCCAAGCUGAUGGUUCCUGGAUACCAAAGGAAUUGCCCACUUGUGUUCUUGUAACAUCGGUUCAAUGUCCAGUACCAGAAAAUCCAAAAAAUGGCAAAGCUAUUUAUACAACUUUCUCUUAUAAUUCUGUUGUAAGUUAUGAAUGUAAAUAUGGAUACAUGUUAGUCGGCGAGAGUUCACGAAGAUGCGGGGCUGAUAGAAAAUGGAGUGGAACACUCCCAACAUGUAAAGAAAUCAACUGUGGACAUCCUGGUGUACUGUACAACGGAUGGAUUGAGAACAUUCAAAGCGGUACAGGUCUUGGAGCCAGUAUUAUAUUCCGCUGUCACUCAGAAAUGCUCCUAGAAGGUCAUGCCUCCUCUAUUUGUCUCAUCGAUGGGAAAUGGAGUCAUCCGGUACCACAAUGUCUAGCUCCAUGUAUAGUCCCCACAAUAUCCCAAGGUCAAGUCACGCCUGUUGAAAUAGAAGUUGACGUAAAUGCGACGACGACCAUAGCUCCAGUUGUCACUUCUGUAGGCAAAGUCCGACAUGGAACCUCAUUAGAAGUUAUGUGUGACACAAAUUAUGAAUUCCCAGCCUCGUCACUGUCUGCACCAACAUGCAAUAAUGGAACGUGGAGUGUGAUCCCAAGAUGUAUACCAGCCAGAUGCAAAACAAUGCCGAAACCUCCCAAACAUGGAAUGGUGUUGGCUCCUAAGACAGAGCAUGGAAUGAAAGCAAGGUUUAGGUGUAAGGAUGGCUUUAACCUAACUGGUCCUGGUGGAAAAGACAUCGUAAACCUUAACGAUUAUGUGUUGACUUGUUCGUUUGGAAAUUGGACUGGGGAAACGCCAUUUUGUCAGGAAGUCUACUGCGCUUUUCCUGGUUAUAUCCCAAAUGGCAAAGUUUUAUUAGUUGGCAAUAUGGGGUUGUAUGACUACCGACCCUAUGUGAAGAAGAUUGUAAACAACAAGCAAAUAAUGUAUGACUGCGACAAAGGAUAUGUGCUAGAGGAAGGUCCUCCUGGUGCUACAUGUGUUGGUGGUCGAUGGAGACCGACCGAACUUCCUAAAUGUCUUCCUGGUCAACAUCCAAGACUACGGUUUAAUCGAAAACGUCGAUCCAUCGAAAUGCGCUAUCGUCGGUCAACUUUUCUCCUCAAACAUGCUCGACGCUUACAAAAAUGGAUGGAGGAGAACCUUCAAGAAAACCUUCAUAGCCACAGACGAACGAAACGUAGUAUCUUCCGGUUUCCAUUCGGUCCUAGUGCAAGAUAUGUACAAAAAAGAAUAAGAAGAAGCCAUCCAACAUUACGCUUCAAACGUAAAGCCAUACAUUAUGAUGAACAACUAUUCAAAAGGACACCUGAUCCCUUGAAUCAAGCUGUAUACCGAGGUAGACGAGAACCUGACGAAAUGGCACGAGCCUAUUCUAAAUUUUACGAGAAACUUAAACAAAGAUAUCAAAACUACGUGAAAAAUUUACUAGGAUACCAUCAAGGGAGAACUCCGUCAGUAUCGUCUCCACAAAGUUCUUCCGCACACAGAAAUAAUAAUCCCACAAAAAAGAUCCAAGUCCAAGACGGCCGCUGGUAUAACACCUACAACAGUCCUGACUUUGUGACUAGAUAUAAAGUAACACAUAAAACUAGAAUUGCCGGUUCAGAUCUUGAUUCAGAUGAAGAAAGCUAUUUAGAUUCUUUCAAUGAACUACAACCCCCAACCUCAGCCCCUAAAGUCCAUAUGAAUGCUAAGCUGGCCAAAAAGGAACAACUCUCGAAUGGGAGUGCUCUUCUUUCCUCGGUGCAUGACACUUCCCGGACCAGCAUUCAACAAAGCGAUCGCUUGGGAAUGUUAUCAGGACAAAAACUAUCUACACAAAGUUCAGCUUCCAAGAACUUAACCAAUUUGAUCGCUCAACUAAAAUCACAAAUUGUAAGAAGGAAGCGAAGUGCAGAUACCGAAGAAGGGGGUGAUCAGGACCAUGCGGAAAAUAGGAAGCCACGACCUCGGGGACCAUGUGAAGAACUCAACUUGGAUGCUGUUGCAAAUGUUACCAUCGUACGUCAGGGAAAGAGUCCUGGCCGUAAUAGUCCUGGGACCAUUUUGCAUAUUGUUUGCAAUACAGGAUUCAAACUUAAUAUCAAAAAUCCAAAUGCAACGGCACGAUGUGUUCGGGGCAUUUGGAAGCCUCAAAAACCAAUGUGUUUGUCGGCACCAUGUACUGUUCCUUCAACUGAACAUGGAAGAUAUUAUGAAGUUGCACCGGAUCCUAUGAUGAUUAGUAGCAAACCGAACUUGAGGCUUCUUACUCCUUACGAGAAUGUUGGUAACGAACAAAUUGUUACUUUCCAAUGUGAUAAUGGGUUCAAUGUUCAAGGAGCUGCACAAAUGAGAUGCAUCCAAGGCAGUUGGGCUGUGGCAACUUAUCCCGAGUGCAUACCUAUGCCAUGUGUACUUCCGUCCAUACCAAAUGUUAUCUAUGAAGGUGGAUACCGUGCCGGUCUAACCAUAGCUCAUGGUAGUUCGGUCUCGGUCCAUUGCGACAACCCGGCAAAUAGCCUCCCUAUCCAGAUGAUAUGUAGCCAAGGAGUAAUGUCCCCGCCAACAAUUCAUUGUGAAACAGGAAUGAGAAGGUCUCGGGAGGAAUACCUUGCAGAGGCAGAUUUCACUAAUCAUGAUAACUCCCUUCAGGAGUUGUUCAGUACAUCAGGAAGUCACACGAUAAAUGUGAAUGCGGUAGUUAUAAAUGGAGAAGGAAGCAAUGAACAAAAUGGAAGUGGAAGAGAUUGCGGUCCACCAAAUCGUCUUGAUACAGCUCUAGUAUAUAAGAAUGGCGAGACUGUCGAAAGUGAAGAAGGUUUUCCCAGUGGAACUGAAAUAACAUUCAAUUGCAUAUCGAGUAUAGCUGGAGAGCGAAAUACAUGGAAGAUCAUUUGUGAGGAUGGAAGCUGGAUUGGAAGAUCCUGGAGUUGUGCGAACGGGACGUGUUUGUUCAGAAAUAAUGAACCCAAUGUUGUAAGUUUCUACAAUGACCUAGAAAUCCGAGAGGAUGUUGUGGAAUUCCCUCCAGGAGCAACUAUAAUUUCAAGAUGUGUCGACAUUGGGAAAUAUGCAAUGGUUGGAAGCGGAGUACGUACAUGUAUCCAUUCGGAGUGGAGCGGGCAGAAGCCAUCCUGUUUCGGAUUAAAUCAGGAGAAUGACUAUGCAAUGGAAAAGGCGCCUACAAUCCUUUUCCGACACCAGAAUGGGCCCAUCGCCCAGAGUAAUGACGGAAAAUUGAUAGUGUAUCCUGGGGCGACAGUCCAUAUGGAGUGCCUGUGGAUGCGUAGAUUCGGGAACCCUAAAUGGAAUGUUAGUCAUGAUUACAGAUCCGAAUUUAGGACCUACCCAGAAGGUUGGGUUACUGAAGAAGGACGUGAUCCUCAGCUGGAAUACAGGCUUAGUAUUUUCCAUGCUGUGGAAGAUGAUUCAGGAUUGUUUACAUGCCAAACUCCAGCCAGGCAUGAACACUCUGUGGACCUUGUAGUCAAGGCAAUAAAUUGUCCAGACAUACCGAUUCGACGGGGACUUAUGCUGAGCACGAAUGACACCAAGCUUAGCACUCGGGUUCAGUUGUCCUGCGCUAAUGGCAAUUCUUUGAUUGGCGCGUCUGAGCUGCUAUGCCUACCAAGCGGUAACUGGAGUGCACCUCUUCCUGUUUGCGAGAGCGUAGAGUGCGGUGAUCUCCCAUUACCAAUGAACGAGACAUCCCCACGUGUAGCCGUUCUUUCGCGUGAAGUAGGUGGCCGAGCUGCAUUCUCAUGCCCAUCAGGAUACGGACUCCGUGGACCGACAGAAUCAAUUUGUCUUCCUUCAGGAGAAUGGGCCACACCAUUCCCAUCAUGCAUCGAAGUUCAGUGUGAUAAUCCUGGCGCUCCGCAAAAUGGAUACGCACAAGGAUCUGCCCCCUAUCGAGCUGGCGACGUGGUUCAAUUCAACUGUAAUCCAGAGUACAUGAUGCAAGGUCAACCAAUAAUUGCAUGUCAGGAUAAUGGACGUUGGUCCGGGGGUUUGCCAAAAUGUGUGCAAGCCUGUUCGUAUCCAGGAACAGCAAUCAGUGGUCGAAUGUCCUCGGUCAAAUUCUACUACGCUAUAGGUGAGAGUAUUACGUUCACGUGUGAUGCGGGGCUCGAAUUGAGGGGUGCGAAAAUGUUGAAGUGUUUGCGAAAUGGUAAGUGGUCUAAUGCUAUUCCUACCUGCGUUAGUGGUAAUAGUGAACAGUCAACCCGGAAUAUCGGUCAUAGCGGUUAAGGAUAUAAGCAAACCCUGAAUUUAAUGUUAAUCCCAAGGAUAAUGUGAACAGGUUUGUGAAAGAAAUGUGAUGAGAAUUGAAUGAUGUGGUAUUCGUUUUCUACUUCAUAGCUAUUGUAAUUGUAAAAAAAAAAUGUAAGCACAUAUUCAAGAUGUUAAGGUUUUAAUUGAAAAUUUAUAAUAUAAUAACUUUUAUUAGAAGAAAGAAACAUGAAAGUUGAAAGAAGCGGAGAGUUAUUUUCAUAAGAACUGAACGUUUACAUAAAAUAAAAUCAAAUCGAAUCGAUUAUUUGCAGCAUUAGAUGCCUCCAACAGUUUAGCGCAAUUUAAGGAUACGAAGAGGUCGUGAGAGAUACUUUAUUUUCGGGAAGUUACCAUAAAUAUCCUAGUAAAACCCAUGGCUGCACCCCAUUCGCCACUGAUCUCCUUCUCGCUUUGCUUCACCAAUUCGUCUAAGGAUCUGCUUUUCGAAAGCAUAAACGGACACUUUAGUGAAGAUCCAUCACUUCGGUGAGGGCUCCUGUGUAGCUGGUCCCUGUGAUCAUCAAAUAUGACUAAAGCAAAAGUGGAAAUCCAAUACAGCGCCGUACCCAACCAUCAUCAUUGAGGGCGCAACAACCAGUAUGCAGUCUAGAGCUGCCUUAGUAAGGAGAGUUCCUCCUCAGACAUCCCAGUUUGCGCCGAGGUUCACUAAUUUUAUGUCCCUAAAAGCUGUUGGCGGUCCUGGCCUUCUCCAUCGCUCCAUCUGACGCAGGGUCUGACACGUGUUCUUUCUCAACCACAGAUGCUGCCAUUAUAGACCGACGCCCAGUGAAAAUCUAAUCAGGCAAAUCAAUAAUGCCUGGAGUGAAGCCUCUUUGGUAUGGGCCAAUGAUAUUUUCGGCAUAUGGGGCUAUCCGACCGUGAUAUCUCUAUUAUUGCUGCACAGGGAGAUACCCCCUUUUUUAUGUAUGUGACAGAUAAUACCUCGUUGCCAGUCGUCAGGCUACCCCACACCUUAAGCGUCAGUUAAUGAACCACUUUGUCUCCUCCAUAUUUAACCAACUCGGCGGUAAUUCC